UGAAAAGAAGUCUGAAAAUAACCGUAUAGGUUGUGAGUGAGUAUUGUUGAGACAUGGAGUGCAUUGGAUCAACUCAAGACUUGAUACAAGCUCCCUUUCCCUUAAACUGUGGUGCUCAUGCUGCCAUUCGUGCUCCUCGUCCUUCCGCCAAUGCUAACCUCAGCUUCUCUCUGUUGGGUGCCACUGCCCAAACCUACAAACAAUUCAUCAAUGAUCUUCGUAACGCACUUACGGUACAGUCCCACAAAGUGUACGGCAUUCCUGUUCUGCCAGCCACGGCCAAAGGGUUGGCGCGCUUCAUAUUGGUCAAUCUCACCAAUUACAAAGGUGAAUCCAUCACUGUUGCAAUCGACACAGUGGAUGUCUAUAUUGUGGCAUACCAAGCAGGAAACAAGGCUUAUUUUCUAAAAGAUGUUUCCAAAGAAGCCCAUGAUGUGCUAUUUAAAGGUAGCAAACAUGAAACGCUGUCGUACAAAGGGAAUUAUGAUGAUCUUGAGAGACAUGCAGGUAUGAUUUCAAGAGAGAAUAUUGAGCUUGGGUUCUCUGAAUUAAGCAGCUCCAUUGGCAACAUGUUCCACUAUAACGCUGGCUACUCUGUGCCUAGAUCGUUUAUUGUUAUGAUUCAAAUGCUUUCAGAAGCUUCGAGGUUUAAGUAUAUUGAGACAAGGAAUUGUGAGAAGGUUGAGUCAAAGUUUAAGCCAGAUCCUGGAUACUUGAGUUUAGAGAACCGUUGGUCUAAUUUAUCUGAACAGGUACAGAAGGCGCAAAAGCAUGGAGGUAAGUUUGAGCGUCCAGUUCAAGUUCGAAGUGUUAGCAAUAAACCAAUUAAGGUAACUGAUGUUAAUUCCCCAGUUGUUAAAGGAAUUGCGCUGUUACUUUGCAACAAGCCAGGGGUUAAUGGAGUAUCCAAACUGAUGGAACAGUUUAUCCAUUGGGAAGCUGCUCGAGGUGCUUUUGGAAUUGAUUUCUGAAUGAGCGCAUAACUUACAACUAUGGAAUUCCACGCAUUGAAAGAAUAUGCUUUUUAAAAGCAUAUCAUGUAAAAUCUAAUAUUAUAUGUAUGUGAUAAAUAAGUGUGGAAUAAUUCCGUUGCUUUAUGUAAUAUCUAAAUAAAUAUGAAGUAAUAUUUGCAUCCAA